AUGCCCCACGACGGCUGGCGCGAGAUGCUCCCGUACUACAUCUCCAUGUACAAGUCCGGAACUGCCACCGUCACGGAAGAGCGCCUCGUGGCAUGGUACCGAGUCAACAAGAAUGGGGCCUGUUCUGACGGCGGCACCACUGGCAACACGGCAAAUCAGCUGCAGUUCGAGUACUCGCCCAACGUCAUGAUGGAGGACAGGGUCUUUUACGACGUGCUUCUCACGAGCAACGCCCAGGUCCAAGUCAGCAUCGGUGGCGUGACUCAGGCUGGCAGAUGGGACCAGGAACCCCACGGGGGCGUUGGUGUAUACCACGGCAGCGUUCCGAUUGGGACGGCAAGCGGUCAAGUCGUGGUGACGGUGAAGAGAGGGGGCACGACCAUUGCCACCAUCGCGGGGGCAUCCAUCACCAGCAGCUGCAAUGGAGGCCUCAAUAACUACAACCCUUGGGUGGGGAGUGCCAGGGGUCCCUCCAUCACCCCCGUGAAGACCACUGGCGACCUUUCCAAGUUGGAUUGCGUCAAGGGCUUCGGUGUGUUUGACUUCAUUGGCGUCUGCGACUUCGCCUGUGCGAAUGGCUACUGCCCCAGCGCCGCCUGUACUUGCCUCAAGAAGGGCGUCGCCAAUGCCCCCAAUGACACGGGACUGGCGGGCUAUCCGCUCCCUGGGAAGAGCGGCUCCUUCGCGGGGCUCUGUAGUUUCGACUGCAACCACGGCUACUGCCCGGACUCGGUUUGCGGCCAGACUCCCAACGAUGGCGUCGUCCUGGGCUACUCGCCUUUCCUGCCGCCCGCAUGCACAGGGGGCACCGGCGCCGGCGACUUCCAGGGCCUCUGCGACUUUGGAUGCCAUCUUGGCUUCUGCCCCAUCCACGCUUGCACCUGUACCUCGACUGGCAUCUUGGUUCAGACACCGCCCAAGAUGAACGUCACAGGAUACUACCUCAACUCAUCCAAGAACGACUACGGCCUCUGCAAGUUUGCCUGCGAACACAGCUACUGCCCCGAUGUCUGUGGCAGCCGACCCAUUAACGACGACGGGCAUCAGAGCAAGUAUCCCACCGUCACCCUGGAUCCCGCCGUCUGGACCGCGCCGACGGCCCAGUGUGCGCCCCCUUAUGUCCUUGUCCUCCCCCCCUCUUCCCUUGCCACUCCAACCACCAUCUCCUUCAACCCCUGGCCAACAUCUCUCGAGUUCGGGUGGAUAGCAACGGACACGGUUGACAGCACCAGGACGACCCGCUACACUGCUGUCACCAUCACCACUGAGAUUUCCAUCCCGCCGGUGACCACAGACCUCAUCAGCUUCUCAGAGGUGGUCCUAACCACGACAGUCGACGGUGGCGUCCCAUCCAUCAUCAUCCCAACGGCGAGUAUCAGCCCGCCCCCCUUUGUCAUCACGCUGAUUACUAUCCCCGACAUCACAGCGACGCCCGUACCCCGGACCAUCCGUCCACCUCCAUGGCCAUGGAGUGGCGCUAGUGCGAUGCCAGAUCCAAGCAGAACUUCCGCGACAACCUCUACUAGUGGCCCUAUCGUCGUUGUUCCCAUUGUUACCGGGCCGUUCCCUACCACAGUUUUCCCCACGGAAACUGUAAGUUGGGUCAGGGACUGGGUCCCAGAGCCCACUGCAACUUAA